AUGCUGCGCUGGAUAGCCGGAGUAACACGACUAGAGUUCAUAAGUAAUGACGUCAUCAGGGAGCGAUUCGGUGUAGCGCCCAUUGUCAGUAAAAUGCUCGAAGUUCGUCUCCAAUGGUAUGGUCACGUUCUUCGCGCGAACGAUGACAGUGUCCGUAAGAUCGGUAUCAACCUUGACAUGACCGGGAAGCGGCUUGGAAGACGCCCAAAGCAGCGAUGGCUCGAUACGUUGCACGAAGACCUGAAGAUGAAGAGCCACAUCGAUCAGGCGUUUAAUCGGGAGGAGUGA